AUGCCUUUGUCGUUGAAACAGCAACAACACCAGCAGCAACAGCUUAAUGCCGAUCUGCCUGUUAUCCACAACUUGCCCGUGCACGACGUCAUUCAACAGAAGGUUGAUUCGAUUUCUGCUUUGAAAUGGGAAUCGGAUCAAGAAGACGCGUUUUUUGUCGCCGAUAUUGGUGAAGUCUACAGACAACACCUGCGUUGGAAGUCCCAGUUGCCGCGCAUCGAACCCUUUUUUGCCAUCAAGUCCAAUCCAGACCCAAUGGUGGUAAAGCUGCUGGCAGCUAUUGGUCUGGGUUUUGACUGUGCAUCCAAGUCUGAAAUCCAACAAGUUCUCGCUGAAGGUGUCGAACCUGAACGCAUCAUCUACGCCAACCCAUGCAAACAAGCAUCAUUCAUCCGCUAUGCCGCUCAACAGAAUGUUGCCAAGAUGACCUUUGACAAUGCCGAAGAACUCCACAAGAUCAAGCUGCUCUACCCCAAUGCCGAGGUCGUCUUGCGUAUCUUGACGGAUGAUUCUGCGUCUUUGUGCCAACUUGGUUUAAAGUUCGGUGCACCCAUGGAAAGCGUCCCCUCGUUGUUGCAGACCGCCAAGGAUCUCGACCUGAACGUUGUCGGUGUCAGCUUCCAUGUGGGCUCGGGAUGCCAAGAUGAAUAUGCAUUUGAAGAUGCCGUAUUGCGUGCUCGCAAGGCAUUCGACAUUGCCGAAUCAAUGGGGUUUUCCCUGAGCCUUUUGGACGUUGGAGGUGGUUUCCCUGGUGCCGAUGUCAAGGACGGUAUCACUUUUGAAAAGGUGGCAGCUAUCUUGGGUCCUACUGUGGAUGCUCAUUUCCCACCUCAUGUGCGCGUGAUCGCAGAGCCUGGUCGCUACUUUGUAGCUUCGGCAUUCACGAUCUGCACUCAUGUGAUUGGCCGUCGUACUGUCAAGGCUGAAAACGAAACCCAAUACAUGUACUAUGUCAAUGACGGCAUGUACGGUUCAUUUAAUUGUAUCCUGUUCGACCAUCAAGAGGUUUAUCCUCGUGUCUGGUCUCGUGGCGGCAAGAAAUAUGCUGCUACACUCAAGGCAACAGAAGAAGAGGAAGAAACAUUCACCAGCAGCAUCUGGGGUCCUACAUGCGAUUCGAUUGAUUGCCUUGCCACGGAAGCCAAAUUACCCGUUCUGGAGGAUGGCGACUGGAUCUACUGGGAGAACAUGGGCGCCUACACCAAUUGUGCAGCCUCCAAGUUCAAUGGCUUCAAGCGAUCCGAUAUCACUUAUACUAAUACUUUUGAAUAA